AAUAUAGGUAAUGAAUAUGUACCAAUGUAAAGAUCAUUCAAAAUAUUGGAUUCGAUCUGUUCGCUAGGUCUAAUUUGUAUUUAUAUAACUCAAUGGUGCAAUGUAAUUUACGUGGCCAAUUCUUCAUUCCGGAACAAGGGCUUCAUUUUUUCAUUUUGAAAAGAAUUUGCGCAGAGAAUUUCUGGCUCUGACGGGAAUUUAUCCGCGACGCUGAGAGAAGAGAAAAGACUCCAUUAACCCAGAUGCUUUUAGAAGUUAGAACCCUUUUAAUCACAUGACUUACGACAAAAGCAUCUUUUCACAAGUGCAACUUUGGCUUGGCUCCAUUGUCUUCCAACUUAACAGUGAACAGUACUCGAAUUUUUCCAAGGAAAAGCUUCCCAUCCUGUUCGUGAUACCUUCUUAAUGUCCUGCGAUUUAAAAGGUGCUCAGUAAUUCUCCAUGCAAAGGAGUUGAAGAUUUUGAUAAGUUCCAAUAAUGGAACCAGUGAGAAAGUCUUUGAAAUCAUACUGUUCUAAUGCAAAACAGCAACAAAACCCUGAAGAACAGCCUCUCCUGUUUCACUCCAACGACUGUCAAAUGGCACAGUCGUUUCAUGCUCGCAAGCAGAGAGAAGGAGAAAUAGUUGUCAAUAUUGACAGUAACGAUGCUGCUGGCAAAGAAAAUGGGAACACUUCAAAGUUCACCGGCGAUAGCACAAGCGGUAAACCUUCAGGUUCAUCGAAGAAAUCCAAAGUUUCAUUUCAUGAAGUGUUAACUGAAGCUGUGCGGCAGAAGAGCAAGGACGUCUCAGGCCAAGAUCAGACACGCCAAAGGUCUUUUGUUUCGGAUGGAGAACAGUUUUUAAGAUGUAGUUCAAAUGACUAUAUUCGACAGAACUCAUGGAGGCAACUGGUGAACAAAACCAAGUCUAGGUUGCUUGACCCACUCGAGGACCAAUAUGGAAGGAACGACAGUAUGAACUCUGAAGAAGAAUUUAAAGAAAAUAACCACGAUGAGGAAGACAUGGAAGACAUUCCAGAUGAAUAUACGAUGCUGAAAUUUAGUGCACUGACAAUUCUUCAGUGGUUAAGUCUCAUUCUAAUUGUAGCAGCCUUAGUCUGUAGCCUCUCCAUCCCUGGUAUAAAAAGACACACGCUUUGGGAUCUUCAAUUAUGGAAGUGGGAGAUAAUGGUUUUGGCAUUAAUCUGUGGACGACUUGUUUCUGGUUGGGCAAUUCGACUUGUUGUAAUCUUUAUUGAGCGCAACUUUCUUUUGCGAAAACGAGUUCUCUAUUUUGUUUAUGGAUUGAGAAAGGCUGUUCAGAAUUGCCUUUGGUUGGGUCUUGUUUUGCUUGUGUGGAAUUGGAUCUUUGAUGACAAAGUCCAGGAGGAGACAAAUAGCGAGGUAUUACCCUAUGUAACAAAGAUUCUCGUAUGUUUCUUGGUGGCUACCUUGAUAUGGCUUGUGAAAACCCUCCUUGUUAAAGUCCUUGCUUCAUCUUUCCACGUAAACACCUUCUUUGAUAGAAUCCAGGAAGCUCUAUUCAAUCAAUAUGUCAUUGAGAUGCUCUCAGGUCCUCCCCUGUUUGAAAUAAAUAGCAAAGAAGAAGAAGAGGAAAAGGAUGAUAUACCUGAGGUUGAGCAGUCACCGAGUGCUGGGAGUUCUACGGUUAAUAACCUCAGGGCAACCCUUCCUCCUAGGACUGAGGCAAAGAGAGGAACUAGAAAACAACAAAAAAUCACUGUGGUUGAGAACGGUCCCAGAUUUUCAAGGACAAUGUCUAAGAGGAAAAAUGAGGAUAUCCGACUUGAUCACCUUCGUAAGCUGAAUCAUAAGAAUAUAUCAGCUUGGAAUAUGAGGAGGAUGGUUAAUAUGGUUAGCCAUGGGCAGUUGGCUACCUUGGAUGAGCAGAUACUCAAUUCUGACAGAGAUGAUGAAUCUUCAGUGCAGAUUAGAAGUGAAUGCCAAGCAAAUGAAGCAGCUAAGAAGAUUUUUCAGAACGUGGCUAAGCCGGUAUAUCAAUGCAUUUACCUUACAGACAUUAUGCGGUUUAUGGGUCGAGAUGAAGCUUUAAAGGCAUUGCAUCUCUUUGGAGCAGGAAGUGAAGAAGACGGAAUCAGCAAGGCAUCUCUCAACAAUUGGCUGGUCAAUGCCUUCAGAGAUCGAAAAGCACUUGCAUUGUCCCUAAAUGAUACAAAAACUGCUGUGGAUGAACUCCACAACAUGUUGGACGUUGUAGUAGCCAUUAUCAUCGUCGUAAUUUGGCUCAUCAUACUCGGAAUUCCUGUCACCCACUUCCUUGUUUUCAUAAGCUCACAACUUCUGUUGGUGGUGUUUAUCUUCGGGAAUACCUGCAAGACAGUAUUUGAAGCAAUAAUCUUUUUAUUUAUAAUGCAUCCAUUCGAUGUGGGUGAUCGCUGUGAAGUGGAUGGAGUGCAGAUGGUAGUAGAAGAAAUGAAUAUAUUAACCACAGUGUUCUUAAGGUUUGACGGGCAAAAGAUCGUAUAUCCUAACAGUGUUUUGUCUACCAAGCCUAUUGGCAACUUCUACCGAAGUCCAGACAUGGUAGAGACAAUUGAAUUUUGUAUCCAUGUGUCAACUCCAUCAGAGAAGAUUGUCAUCAUGAAAGAAAGAAUAACUGAGUAUAUUGAGAGCCAGGAGCAUCACUGGCACAAGAACCCAUUGGUGGUUGUGACAGAUGUAGAAGACAUGAACAAAUUGAAGUUUACAGUAUCAUCUAAGCAUAAAAUGAACUACCAGAAUGUGCCAGAGAGAUUGACCAGGAGAGGCCAUUUACUUGAAGAAACGAUUAAAAUAUUUAAAGACCUUGACAUUGAAUAUCGCUUGCUGCCUCUCGAUGUGAAUGUAAGAAAUAUGCCAACUAUGGUUUCACAUAGGCUGCCUUCGAAUUGGAAUACUUGUGCUGGCUAAUUACUCAAAGUAGAGCAUAAUUCUUAAAUAAUGUCCGGAGGAGCUGAUAAAAUGUACAACAGUUGCUGUUGGAAAUAUUUGCUUGUCAUUCCAGAAAUUCAGAAGUAUUUAAUUUGGGGUGAUUAGUUGACUAGUAUUUGCUUGAAGAUGUUGUAUGAUGUAAAAACUGAAGUAUAAUACAUGAUGCUUGAUUGGGAUUUGAUUCUAAAAAUUUCAUUUCUUCACAGAGGCUCCUUUGAUUGCAAUUAAUUUCACUGGAAUCCUUUGUUGUUUGAUUUAACAGAAAUUUCUAGUCUUAUUGGGUCUACAUGGGCCUCACAGGUUUAGUUUGGGAAAUGUCGUUUCUUUUCCUUCUCGUCGAAAACAAAAUAUUUAACAUUGGGCUGUGUGUUAUCCCAUGAGAUUUUCUUUGGGCUUCUUUGGUCGCUCAUGAGCGUUAAUGAGAGACCAAUGUAUUGCUAAGUGGAAUCAAUUUGCACAUUGCCACUUAAAACGGGCUCC